GGAGGCAGCGGGGGGGGCGGUGGGAAGCACUGGGAGCCAGUGGGAGCCUCUGGGAGCCUGUGGGGGGCGGUGGGAGCCAGUGGGAGGCAGUGGGAGGCACCGGCAUCUGGACGAUCGUCGGCGCAGAGAAGCAGACGGAGCCGCGCGCCGCGGAUGUGGAGAAGGAGGCUGCCUAUUCCCCACUGAAGAUCCCCGUGUGGCAGCCAUUUGAGAUCCUCGAAUGUACUGACGCUCCAGAAUGGGCAGACGGUACUCUGGAUCUUCUUACCCCAGCAACAGCACCGAUUUGAAGUGAUAGCCUUCAUCCACCUCUGUGGCUCGGUGAAAUCCCCUCCAGAGAUUCAUGUCUCAAAUGCUCCAAGUGGACUCCUCCUCAAACAUGAUGUCAGUGUGUGUGCCAGCCUCUCACAGCGGACCCUCAGCCGAUGUAGCCAAUCGCAACGGCCCGGCAGCGACCCCGCCCACAUCCCUCAGCUUGCGCUCCUCCCAUAAUCAGCUUCUCAGCUGUGAUGUCACGAAGCAGGGUGUGGUUGAUGGGCGGGGUCCCACCACACCACCCAAGUGCCGCAAGAAGUAUGCCCUGACCAGCAUCCAGAGCGCCAUGGGUCUAAGUGACAUGGGGCAGUCUGCCCUGACAGACCCCCAGGGCAACAGUGCAGUGCCGCCCACCUCCUCCGCCAACCCUAAGCUGGCCAAGAACGGGGCCAACCAGCUGCGCAAAGCUGCAGAGCAGCAGGACUGCAAUAAGAAUGCCAUCAACGGCAACAUCAGCCCAGAUGAAGGUGGGGUUAGCAGAGCCCCGCCCCGCAGGACCAAGAGCUUCCUGGAGUACUACAGUGAGGAACCCGUGGAGCAAGAGCGCAAUGACAACCAGCCCUGCCGUGACGAUCCAUCCCUGCCACUGCUGAGUGGGGAGGAGUCCCACCACCUUCCUCUGACACCCCCCAAGCAGCCAAGCCCUGAAGCUGUCCCUUUGCUCCCAGCGGCAUCAUCUUCCUCGUCCUCCUCCUCUUCUAGCCCCGAAACCAAGAAGGACCGGCCUAAGACAGGGGCUAAGACAGAUUGUGCUCUCAAUCGCAUCCAGAACCUGGCUCCCAGUGAUGAGGACUCCAGUUGGACCACGCUGUCCCAGGACAGCGCAUCUCUCAGCUCUCCAGAGGAGACAGAUAUCUGGAGCGACCAGUCCUUCCAGACAGACCCAGACCUGCCCCCUGGAUGGAAGAAGAUCACCGACAUGGCAGGAAUUUACUACUGGCACAUCCCCACGGGAACAACGCAGUGGGAGAGGCCUGCACCCCGGAUCACUCGUGAUACCCUGCAGGAUGACCGCAAGCCAUCUCUGGGCUCACUCAGCCCGUCUCCUACCCCAGAGAAUGAGACCUCUGCUCACGCAGACGUGUUUUUCGGGGCAUCCUCACGAUCGGGCAGCACCGCCUCGGACAGCUCCCUGGUCCUGUCCUCCGACGUGGCCGUCCCCUCUUGCGGGUUUGUCAACAGCUGCUACUUUCCUCGGUCAUCGUCGCUCCACGUCACGGCAGAACAGGAGAGCAGCAUGGAGCUCCAACCUGAAGAAGACAGGAAGAAACAGCCAUGGAGUGAUUUUGCAGUGCUCAGUGGGGGAAAGAUUGAUAGUGAAAUUUGGAAGGACCUCCAGGAAGCCACCGUGAAUCCUGAUCCCAGUCUGAAGGAGUUUGAGGGGGCCACCCUCCGCUAUGCCUCCCUGAAGCUGAGAAACCCGCCGCAGGUGGAUGAGGAGGACAGCCGAAGCAUCAGCAGCGACCCGGGGUCUAAGUGCUUCGCCGUGCGCUCCUUGGGCUGGGUGGAGAUGGCCGAGGAUGACCUGGCGCCGGGAAAGAGCAGCGUGGCCGUCAACAACUGCAUCCGCCAGCUGUCCUACUGCAAGAAUGACAUCCGGGACACUGUGGGAAUCUGGGGAGAGGGCAAAGAUAUGUACUUGAUCCUGGAGAACAACAUGCUGAACCUGGUGGACCCCAUGGACCGCACUGUUCUCCACUCCCAGCCCAUUGCCAGCAUCCGCGUGUGGGGCGUGGGCCGUGACAACGGCAGAGAGAGGGAUUUUGCCUACGUAGCCAGAGACAAGGACACCCGGAUACUAAAAUGUCAUGUGUUUCGAUGUGACACUCCAGCAAAAGCCAUCGCCACUAGUCUCCACGAAAUCUGUUCUAAGAUUAUGGCAGAACGCAAGAGUGCCAAGGCCCUGGCGGGGGGCUCAUCGCAGGAGAGGGUGCACGCAGGACUGGAGCUCCCCUUGCAAGCAGAGUUCCCCACCCCAAAGACAGAGCUGGUACAGAAGUUUCACGUGCUCUACCUGGGCAUGCUUCCUGUGGCCAGGCCAAUUGGAAUGGACAUUCUCAAUGGAGCCAUUGAUGGGCUCAUGACCUCCUCCACAAAGGACAACUGGAUGCCCGUCAUGCUGAGUGUGGCUGAUGCCACUGUCACUGUCAUCAAAGAGAAGGAAGAGGAAGAGGAAGUGCUGGUGGAGUGCCGAGUGCGCUUCUUGUCCUUCAUGGGCGUCGGCCGUGACGUGCACAAUUUCGCUUUCAUUAUGGAUUCGGGGAACCAGCACUUUGAGUGCCACGUGUUCUGGUGUGAGCCCAAUGCGGGCAGCGUGUCAGAGGCCGUGCAGGCUGCGUGCAUGCUGCGUUACCAGAAGUGUUUGGUAGCCCGGCCCCCCUCCCAGAAGGCAUGCUCGUCCUCCCCACCCUCGGACUCUGUGAGCCGGAGAGUGUCCACGAGUGUCAAGCGAGGCGUGCUGUCUCUCAUUGACACUCUGAAACAGAAGCGGCCGGUACCCGAACUGCCCCAAUAACAACUUACCUGAGCAAUGUUCACGAAAAUUCGACGAUACAAUAACAAUGAUAAUAACGAUGUACAUAAAUGCAGUGCAUUACAGUAAAGCGCAACUGGUAACUUUAAAAAAAAAAAAAAAAAAAACUA